CUGACCAUUUAAGCUGAUUGGACUUGUUUUCAAUUUCUGGCUCCAGAUUUUGUUCAAUAAAACUUAGUUUUCGUUUGUGGAAAUUUUAGUAGACGAACCUUGCACGUUACUUGUCUGCACAUUUAGAACAAAGAAUCCAAGAAGUCACUGUUAUUGGUUUUCUAUCAAAAAGUAUAUAUUGUUUUCUUUUUAUUUUUGUUCUAAACCCAUUUAUAGGAGGUGCAAAAAGUUAGAUGCAGAAAGAUGGAAUCAUCACUUUCCAAAAUUAGUUUUUACUAACUAAUCAACCAGUUUAUAGAUUUUCUAAAUCUGAGAUAGUGAUAUAAUAACUUGAUUAACAAUAAUCAACGACUUUUAUCAAUUGAUAAAUAAUGGGGUUUCUCUUUCAGUGUUGGUUAAUUAUACUAUUACAAAUUGUAAAUUUUUUUAUAAAGACAAUAUUAUAGCCGAUAAUUCUAAAUAUUUUAAGAGGAUUCAUAUAUGAUUACAUCACCAUAAACCGCUCUAUAAAAUAUAUUUCUGACAAUAUUCUUUGUGUCAUGCUAAAAAUCUUAUAAAUUUGUUCUUUAAUAUUCUUCAUAAUUUGCAUUCCUAUUGUAAAAGGAUAAUGAACUUUUAAUUAAAUCGUUAAUAAAAAUCAGUUUAGUGAACCAAGUUUCACAAAAGUUUUGCUAAAAAUUUCAAGUUCAUUUUUUGGGGGAAAUUUCAGGUUCAUAGUUAUCAUGUUCUCUACGGCUACAAAAUUAUCUUCCUUAAAUUAAAAUUUUAUAUUAUACUUUAAUUACUGGAUUCAUUUCUUUAUAAUAAAUAUAAUAUUCAACCAAUUUUUACCUCUUUAAUUAUCAAAGUACAACAUGUCAUUUUCUCGCGUAUCCAAAACAAUUACUGUUUUCAAAAAAGAAAUAUUAAAGUUUAUUUUCCGCGCACUUUCUUGGCUCUUAGCAUGGAUGAUGCAUUUGUCCUUCUCGCUCACGCUUUCAAGAAAUAAAGAAACGGUAAUUACAUCGAUCUCUCGACCUUUCUCUCCAAUGGAGGUUAAACUACUUAGCUCCGUCUUCGGGCUCUCUCCUGUCUCGUCAGAAAGAGUGGUCGGCAACGCUGUUCUCCCCAUUUCGAAGUCAAACCCACGAAGACAAACGAAUCGAGUCACGGCCAUUAACUCCGUAGCAUCGAAGACUCAUGUAGGUGUCCAACGGAUAAUAAAGUAUGAAAACGGAGCAGCGACGAUCGCGAAGGUGGUGGAGAAUCCGUAUUUGAAAGCGGAGACGGCGACUCCCGAUCUGCAUAAGAGCUUGUUGGACUUCUUGGAGGAAGCAAGAGACUUCGUGGGAGAUGAUGAUGGUCCACCUCGUUGGUUCUCACCGUUGGAGUGUGCAGCUCAGGCUCAAGGCUCUCCUCUACUUCUUUUCUUACCUGGUAUCGAUGGCACUGGACUUGGGCUCAUUCGGCACCACAAGAAACUUGGGGAGGUGUUUGAUGUAUGGUGCCUUCACAUUCCAGUCAGGGACCGCACUCCUGCUAAAGACUUGGUGAAGCUUAUUGAGAGGACAGUUAGGUCAGAGAAAUAUCGUUUCCCAAAUAGACCUAUAUAUAUAGUUGGAGAAUCUAUUGGAGCGUGUCUUGCGUUAGAUGUUGCAGCUAGGAAUCCCGACAUCGAUCUUCUUCUGAUAUUGGCUAAUCCAGCCACACAUGUCAACUACUUCAUGUCGCAACCCCUAGUGGGAAUGCUGAAUGUUUUACCAGAUGGAGUUCCCACACUACUGGAAGAAAUAUUUGGUUUUAAGCAUGGCGAUCCAUUAACUGGAAUGAUAGACGCUUUAACGAAUGAACUUGCUGUCCAUCAAAUGAGUGGAGUUGGUGGAGGGAUACUAAAAGAUCUCUUUGCAAUUUCUACUCAUCUUCCUACUUUGAGUAGGAUCUUCCCAAAGGACACACUUCUCUGGAAGGUGGAGUUGCUUAAGUCUGCUGUUACAUCUGCGAAUACUCACAUAUACGCGGUCAGAGCUGAAACACUGAUAAUUCUCAGUGGACGAGAUCAAUGGCUUCUGAAGGAGGAAGACAUCAACAGAUACUCGCUAACAUUGCCAAAAUGUAUUGUCCGUAAGCUUAAAGACAAUGGGCACUUUCUCUUUUUUGAGGAAGGUGUAGAUCUGGUUUCUAUCAUCAAGUACACUAACUUUUAUCGACGUGGGAAGUCUCAUGAUCACCUUUCAGAUUACAUUAUGCCUACCAGAUAUGAGUUAAAGAAACAACUAGACGACCACAAACUUCUGAUAGAUGCUACUUCCCCUGUAUAUCUGUCAACAUUAGAAGACGGUAAAAUUGUGAGAGGGCUUGAAGGUUUACCUUCAGAAGGACCUGUACUGUACGUUGGCUAUCACAUGUUAUUAGGACUUGAGCUAGGUCCAAUGAUAACUCAAGUCUUGAAAGAGAGAAACAUUCACAUGCGCGGUAUGGCACAUCCAAUGCUGUUUAUAAACAGCGAAGUUACGUUUGUGGACACACAGAUGCUUGACAAAUACAAAAUAUUGGGUGGAGUUCCUGUCUCCAACUUCAAUAUCUACAAACUACUGCAAGCAAAGUCUCAUGUGCUUUUGUAUCCUGGUGGUAUCCGUGAAGCUUUGCAUAGAAAGGGUGAAGAAUACAAGUUGUUCUGGCCAGAGCAACAAGAGUUUGUGAGAGUUGCAUCUAAAUUUGGAGCUAAGAUUGUCCCUUUUGGUGUUGUUGGAGAAGACGACAUCUGCAAGCUUGUCCUGGAUGGCGAUGAUCAAAGGAACAUCCCUAUCCUAAAGCAAUUUAUGGAAGAAGCAACAAAGCAAGCUGGAAACUUAAGGGAAGGAGAUGAGACAGAACUGGGAAACCAGGACUGUUAUCUCCCAGGACUUGUACCUAAGAUUCCUGGGCGGUUCUACUACUACUUUGGGGAACCUAUAGAAACAGCAGGCAAGGAACAAGAGCUAAAAGACAAAGACAAGGCUCAAGAGUUUUACUUGCAAGUCAAGUCUGAGGUUGAACAAUGCAUUGCCUAUUUGAAGAUGAAAAGAGAGAGUGAUCCAUACAGACAAUUGUUGCCAAGGAUGAUGUAUCAGGCUUCACAUGGUUUCUCUUCUGAAAUUCCGACGUUUGAUCUCUGAAAUGAUUCUCGCUUUUGAUUAUUUACAUAAUUACAUUAUACUAUAGCUAUGUUGUACGUAGACAUUAAUUGUUGAAAAAAUAAAUAUAGAUUGGAUCAUACGUAAAUCUAUAAUAUUAAAGAAAGAAUCUUAAAAUA